CCACAGUGACCUUCAUCCUGUUACUCGAAUUACUCAUUUCAACAUUUGCCUUCCAUGGGUUCUGGACAGGAAUCAUCCACGGGUCGAGCUUGGCCUCGAUUGUUGGUCACGGAACAGGUGGUCAGUGGCUAGAUCCUGAUCCGCUAUGGUCGUUCGCUGCUCUGGCUCCUCUCACCGGCAUCGUAUCACUACUAUCACAUGGCUUCUUUUGCUGGAGGAUAUAUGCCGUACGGCGGAACCCGAUUAUACCAAUGUUCGUCAUGUGUGUUUCACUGCUACAAGCGGCUAUGGUCUCGUAUGGUGGCAUCAAGUUCGGUCUCAUACCAGAUAUGACUGCUCCUGAUCCUAUACCAUUCUACAUACCGAUAUGGCUCGCUGGAUGUUUGGUUUGUGAUCUUGUGAUCACAAUAUACAUGACUAUCAUUCUACUCCAAGGGCGCACGAUGCAGGUCUUUCGUAACACACGCUCGCUCUCAGUGAAGUUGAUCAAAAUGAGCAUUGAAACCGGGCUCGUGACAACGACAGGAGCGGUUAUCGAGCUAGUUUUGGCCAUCCGAUGGAGAGUUACGAUGUAUCACCUUGCAAUGUUCUUUGUAGUAUCAAAAUUAUACGCAAAUUGUGUGGUGGCAACUCUCAAUUCACGCCUCAUACUCACGAGCAAUGUGGACAAGUCCCAAAGCGUUGCCAUGUGGCCGGAAGCGGCACCACCCGGUAGCGGGUUGCGAUCGCGUUCCGGUACACAUUCCUUACAUUACGAACAACCUUGGGAUGCGGCGGGUGUGAACGCGAGCGGGCACCGCGAUAGGCCGAACAUGAUUGAAAUGCAUGACACAGUUGAAGCCAACAUUGAACUCUCGAACAUAAAUCAUCAAGAGGACGCCGACAGUGGGCCGGACAAGCGCGUGCUAUUGGAGGCAUGAAGGCGAGUGCAAGAGGACAUCGGAAGAAGUUCGCGGCAUGUAUGGUGAUCAUAAGCUUGUAGAUACUUAUGCCUGCGCGCGCUCGCUACGGACUUUGAGACAACUUCCUAGAUGAGGUAAGGCCGCGCAGCAGCAAAAGCCCGCUACCGUACGGUGUUACCCCAAAUAUUUCAAGU